AUGUAUAUAUAUGGUUUUACUAAAGGGUCCUUGUGUUAUAUAUUUGCAGCCGCACACAGCGUCGGAUUCUCUCAUUGCAGCAAGUUUUCAAACAGGAUAUACAGCUUUAGCCGUCAAUCUCCGGUGGACCCGACACUCAACCGGGCGUAUGCGACCAAACUUCAACAGAUGUGUCCCAGGUAUGUUGAUCCCAGGAUAGCCAUCAAUAUGGACCCGAACGCUCCCAGGAAAUUCGACAAUGUUUACUUCAAGAACUUGCAGCAAGGCAAGGGUUUGUUCACCUCCGACCAGGUUUUAUUCACGGACAAGAGGUCUAGGCCUCUGGUAAACGCAUGGGCCGCCAAUUCACAGGCUUUUAACAAUGCCUUCGUCACUGCCAUUACUAAGCUCGGACGCGUAGAUGUUCAGACGGGGAAGAACGGGAACAUUCGUAGGAGGUGUGAUGCUUUUAACUGAGAAUGUUUCUCAGAUGUUAUUUAGGAUUAAACCGUUGGUAGACAAAUUUUCAGGGUUUGGAACAUCUAUUGUUUAG